CGACAGAACAUCACGCUCCAAACAAUUUACCAGCUGUUUUAUCGUGGAGCGUCCUGCUAAGAUUAUAAGCAGUUGUGGCGAUGGCUGAUGGCUGCAGACCAUGUGUUUUUAUUUUGGUUGUUUUACUGCUGCUGCCCUCAGCCAUCAUGGCGUACAGACCAGUGAUUAUUAUUCAUGGGCUAUUUGGUGGACCUAAAGAGUUGACACCCUUUGUGAACUUCAUUAAAGAGUCUCAUCCAGGUACGAGUGUGACUGCACCAUCUCUGUAUGAAUACGCAGCCAGUGUGAAGCCAAUGUGGGUACAGGUGGAAGGCUUUAAAAAGGUCAUUCAACCCAUCAUGGAGAGCGCUGAAGAUGGUGUCCAUCUCAUCUGCUAUUCGCAAGGUGGUUUGAUAUGUCGAGGAGUUCUUGCUACUCUUCCUCAACACAAUGCUCACUCUGUGAUAUUCCUGUCUUCACCACUAGCUGGCCAGUAUGGAGUUACAAGGGCCAUCAGCGGUGUGUUCCCUAAACUGCCCAAGUCCUCACUGCACAAUGUUUGUUAUACUGAACUUGGACAAAAAACAUCCUUCUGCAGCUACUGGAAUGAUCCACAUCAUAGAGAGAAAUACUUGAAUUCCAGUGUCUUUCUGGCCCCGCUGAAUGGAGAAGUUGAACAUGUCAACUCAACAGAGUGGCGAAACAAUUUUCUGCGCAUAAAAACCAUGGUGUUGAUUGGCGGACCAAAUGAUGGUGUUAUCUUACCGUGGCAAUCAAGUAUGUUCGGGUCUUAUGACCGUAAUGGAAAGGUGAUUGAUAUGGAAAAUCAGGAUUUUUAUGUAAGGGAUACCUUUGGCCUGAAAACACUGAAAUCCCAAGGUGUCUUGUGGAAGUGUAUUAUUCCUCGUGUUAAGCACAAUUCCUGGCCUUCAGACCCCAGGGUCUUCCAGAACUGCGUAGAAAAGUGGCUCACGUAAUCACAAUCCUGUACGCCAAUUCUCAAACUCCAAUUCCUGGAGGGCCGCAGCUCUGCACGGUUUAGCUCCAACCAUCCCCAACCCACUUCUGCUUUUCAGAUCAGCUGUUUUAUUAGGGUUGGAGCUGUGCCGAGCUGACACCCUCCUGGAAUUAAGUUUAAGACUUGCUGUCUGCUGCAAGUAAUAAUUUGUCAAGAUUUGUACUUCUUUUUAACACAAAUAAAUAAACUAUAUUUUGUUA